AUGGACGCGGUGGACGCGCUCGCGUGCGCCGCGCUGCUGGCCGUGAUGGUGGUGUCCGUGCCGGCCAACGCGCUGGUCCUCGCGUGCUUCGCGUGCAGCCCGGAGAUCCGGCGCCAGGCUCCCGCGCUCUUCACGCUCAGCCUCGCGCUCUGCGACCUGCUGCUGUCCGUCUCCAGCGUGCCGCUCACCCUCGCCGUGCUGAUCGCCGGUAGGCGCGCGCCUGACGCCACCGGCACGGCUACCGGCGGCGGCGGGUGCCGCGCGCUCGGCGCCCUGGAGACGCUCCUGAGCGGCGGUGCGAUGCUGAGCACGGCGGCGCUGAGCGUGGACCGCUGGCUCGCGGUGGUCGUGUCGCCGCUGCGCUAUCGCUCGCGCAUGAGGCGACGUCACGCGGCCGCCGCGCUCGCCUGCGCGUGGGCGCACGCCGCGUGCUUCUCGGCGGCGGCCGCGUGCCGCUCCUGGGUCGGGUACCACCGGCUGUACGCCUCGUGCACGCUGCGCGAGGAAGACGAGGAGGACGACGAGGAGACCACGGCUACAGGGACGGUCCGACCGGCGCGCGCGCACUUCGCCGCUUUCACCGUCACCUUCCACGCGCUCACCUUCGCGCUGUCGCUCGCGGUGCUCUGCGUCACCUACCGGGGCGUGCUGCGUGUGGCGCGCGUGCACUGCAGGCGCAUCGACGUCAUCACCAUGCAGACGCUCGUGCUGCUCGUGGACAUCCAUCCCAGUGUUCGGCAGCGAUGUCUGGAGGAGCAGAGGAGGCGACGGCAGCGUGCAACCAGAAAAAUCAGCACCUUCAUCGGCACGUUCGUGCUGUGCUUCGCGCCCUACGUGAUCACGAGGAUUCUGGAGCUCUGGCCUGCUGUUCAUAUAAGCCAGCAGUGGGGAGUGCUGUGCAAAUGCCUGACCUACAGUAAAGCAGCGUGUGACCCCUUCAUUUACUCCCUGCUCCGGCACCAGUACAGGAAGACCUGCUCCGACAUCGUCAACCGGAUCCUCAAACGCACCUCUAUGAACUCGUCCGAAUGGCAGCGCACUAACGGACCCAGCACCGUCCUUCAGGCGAUAGACUCGGACAGGGCAGGGAAGGAACGAGCGCCCUGA